ACUCUCAGCGAGAAUCAUCUGAGUGAUUACGUAAUCAUGCUCCGUUAUAAGAUACUACGAAUACACGCGCACUCGACGAGAGUCGCACUUUCAUACGAGUCCACAGUUUCGCUGUGUCAGUCGAUCGGCUUGUUCACACUGUACUCUUUCAUCGCACUUUUAACGUGGCUACUAUGGACAACAACAGAGUGGAUGUAUAUGUAUGUGAAGGAAAAUUAAUCGGCAUCGUUGAGAAAAGUGUCUACGGCGACAAUUACAUCGCCUUCCGAGGAAUACCUUACGCGAAACCACCAGUUGGACAACUCAGAUUUAAGGAUCCCGUACCGCCAGAACCAUGGGCCGGCGGCAGAGAUGCUUCGAAACAUGGAAAUAUCAGUAUUCAGAUGGAUUCAUUUACACAAGAAAUGAUUGGCGAUGAAGAUUGCCUUUAUUUAAAUGUGUAUACUAUAAAUAUAAAUCUGAGAAAAAAACGUUCUGUAAUGGUGUGGAUACAUGGUGGUGGUUUUUCUUCGGGUUCGGGCGAUUCGAGUUUAUAUGGUCCCGAUUAUAUUAUUCAGAAAGACGUUAUACUAGUCACGCUAAAUUACAGACUAGGUGUUCUCGGUUUUCUUAAUUUAAAUGAUGAAGUAGCAGCGGGCAAUCAAGGUCUGAAGGAUGUAGUCAUGGCACUACAAUGGGUUCAGAAAAAUAUAUCAAAAUUUGGUGGCGAUCCGGAAAAUGUCACUAUCUUUGGCGAAAGCGCUGGUGGAACUAUUGUUCAUUAUUUGGCUAUAUCUCCAGUAGCUAAAGGUUUAUUCCACAAGGCAAUUUCGCAGAGCGGUGUUGCCACGAAUCCUUGGGCCUUUACCGAGCGAGAGCCUCCCUCAACUAACAAAGGUUUCCAGCUAGCCGAGAAACUCGGAAAAGUGACCACAGAUGCCAAGGUUGCGUACGAGUUUCUCAAAAAAAUCGACGCGAAAAAACUUAGACUUGUUGAACAAAAAACUCUCACGACUAAAAUGGAAAAACAACAAUUCUUUUUGUCGUUCUCACCCAGUAUGGAUUACGAGUCAUCAAAUCCGUUUUUUCCAAAAGACAUAAAAACGUUAAUUCGUCGCGGAGUUAAAGUGCCGUUUCUUCUAGGAUAUAAUAAUUGUGAAGGAUCAUAUUUUAUAUCUAUUAUUUAUAAUAAUCAGAAAAGAAAAACGAGUCUUAAGGAAAUCGAUUCCGAUUUCAGGAGAGCCAUAUAUCCCUCAGUUUUGUCUAAACUGUCACAGAUACCGAUUACUGUUGAAGAAUUACGCUUUUUAUAUUUUGGUAACAAAACAGUGUCAGAAGAAACUCUGUUGAAUUAUUCAAAUUUUUUAAGCGACGAAGCAUUUUACCAAGGCAUUAUAGAGGUGGCUGAUAUACAAAGCAAAUCGAGUAAUCGUAGUGCAACGUAUCUAUAUAAAUUUUCAUAUGAAAAUGAAUCUUCUGUCAUGAGAAAAAUUAUGGGCGUUACGCUUCCAGGAGUGUCUCAUGGAGAAGAUUUAUUCUACUUAUUUUAUCCUCAUAAAAUGAAAGAUUUCGGUUUAGAACCUCCUGAACUGGAUUCAGACCAAUACAAGAUAAUAAGUUACUUAACACAGAUGUGGACGGAUUUUGCUAAAACAGGGAAUCCAACGCCUGCUGUUACGGAUUUAAUUCCAAUCAAGUGGAUGCCUUUAAAACACGGAAAUACAUGCGAUUAUUUAAAUAUUAAUACGGAACUUCGCAUGGAAACUUUCCGUAAAGGAGAACAACGAUGGGAUUGGAAAAAUAUAAAAAAUAAAUUAUAAUGCUAUGUCCGCAUAAACCUUAAUAUUGUUAUAGGAAAUUUGAAAUCGAUUUUUUUUUAUUUAUUAGUGAAAAUGUCGAGAAAAUAUCGGGCUAGAGAAUAAACUUUUUACGAAAUAACUUUAAGUAUAAUUAAAGUAUUCUCAAAUGUGAUUAUAAAUUUAUUUUUAAGAUUUUAAGGAAUAUGGUUAA